AUGCUCGGUGAAAUCACAGACUCAUUUUCCCCCCUUCGUCGCACACACUCGCCUCCUGAUCUGGACGAUGCCACUUCGAAAAUUCGCCGUGUAACUGUUGAGGAAGUCAAAGACAAAGAUGGCACAUAUAACAGGCGCUUUUUUGAAAGCUACCCUAAUGCUGGCCGGCCAAUAGAAGAGGGAAAGACUGUGUUUGAAAGCUAUUAUGAAUAUCUGAAAUUACCCAUAACCAAAAAUCGAACGAAGCCAUCAUUUCACAACAAUCGGACAUUCCUCAAGAGGGUGGAUGAGCUCCCGCACGGCACUUCAUGGAGUUGCAAGAAAGUGAUGGUGCAAGGAAAUCAGGAAGACGAGGAUGGGCGGUCAUUGAGUGAAGAGGUUGAAAUCUGGAUGCGAGAUCCUGUAGAGUGUGUCAAAGAUCUUAUUGGGAAUCCGUCAUUCAAAAACCAUAUGGCAUACGCACCAUCACGAGCAUACAAGGACAAAGGAGGUAGUGAACGGCUCAUAGAUGACAUGUGGACGGCUGAUUGGUGGUGGGACAAGCAGAAAGAACUGCCCGAAGGAGCAACCUUGGCACCUAUUAUUCUGGCCUCUGACAAGACAUUGUUAUCACAAUUUCAAGGCGACAAAUCUGCUUGGCCCGUUUACCUAUCAAUCGGCAACAUCGCAAAAGAAAAGCGACAACAAACAUCUGGCCAGGCAACAAUCCUCAUUGGGUACCUACCAGCCACAAAACUCGACUGCUUCACCUCUGACACACAUUCCCUGGCUGGAUACCGACUUUUUCAUCACUGUUUGUCUCUGCUGCUGGAACCUCUCAUUGCAGCUGGUCGGGAUGGUGUGGAAAUGGUGUGUGCUGACUCCUUCAUUCGGCGAGUGUACCCCAUACUGGCUGCAUAUGUCGCAGAUUUCCCUGAACAGUGCCUUGUUGCAUGCUGUAAGGAGAAUCGUUGCCCUAAGUGUUUGGUUGCGGCUGAUGAGCGGGGCAACCCACUAAACUCGUUGAUGCGGGACCCGGAGUCAACAAAAGAGACACUAGAGAGACGGAGGAAUGGUCGGCACCCUGUAGAAUUCGACGAGGAUGGGCUGUGCGCCGUGUAUAGGCCAUUCUGGGCCAAUUUACCCCACACCAACAUCUUCACAGCUUUCACACCAGACCUCCUCCACCAGCUGCACAAAGGAGUCUUCAAAGACCACCUUGUGAAGUGGUGUCUCGACAUUGCGGGCGAGGAUGAAAUCGAUGCCCGCUUCAAGGCCAUGCCCGACUACCCAGGUCUUCGUCAUUUUAAGAAAGGUAUAUCUAGUGUCAAACAGUGGACAGGAACGGAACACAAGGAGAUGCAACGUAUCUUUGUUGCAUUAAUUGCUGGCGCAGUACCAAGUCGAGUCGUUGUUGUUGCACGGGCCAUACUGGACUUUUGCUAUUAUGCACAACUGCAUACACAUACGAGCGAAUCCCUGGAUGGUCUCGAAAACGCACUCACAGUAUUUCAUGCGCAUGAGGAUGUGUUGAAGGAACUUGAUGUUCGCGAUCAUUUCAACAUUCCGAAGCUGCAUCAAUUGUCUCACUACGUCCAGUCAAUCAAAUUGUUCGGGGCUGCUGAUGGAUUCAACACCGAGCUUCCUGAGUGCCUGCACAUCGACUUCGCUAAAGAAGCUUACCGUGUGAGCAACAAGCGUGACUAUGAGGAACAAAUGGCGUUAUGGCUUCAACGCCAGGAAGCAAUCUUCUGGCGGGUCUCUUACCUUGAGUGGGUCGCUGAACAUUGCACUCAGACUGAACAUGAAUAUGGCUAUGACUCCGACUCUGAUGCCGAGGAAGACUUUGACUUCAUACCAGUGGUUUCGCAAGACAUUGUCCACGUUCUUGCGAAGACACCUCCACACCCACGACAAUCUAUCCAGCAUCUUGAAACCAUGCACGGCGCCAUCGAUUUUCUGCCUGCUUUCAAGUCGUUUUUACGGAAGUACAUGCCACACAAUCACAUCGUGCCCGGUUAUCAAGACCGUUUUGAUGUUUUUCGGCAAGCUGUCAUAAUCAUUCCCCCCAACCCCCGUGUGUUGGAGUUACCGAAGCGUCUGCGGGUGAGGGCAACACCUGAAGUGCUUCCAUCACCUUCUGGACGGAAGCCAGCUGUUCGGAUUGCGCAGGUGCAUGUAAUCUUCACGCUGCCUCAUCAGUUCGGCUCAUACUCGCGACCUCUUGCCUAUGUUGAAUGGUUCACGCCAUUCAGGGAGCCAGACCAGUUCUCAGGUUUGCGUCAAGUUUCACAUUCGACUCGUCACUUACGUCGGAAUGGAGCAGUCGUACACAUCGACGAGCUUGUUCGGCCAUGUCACCUUGUUCCGAAAAUGGGCCAAAAGGUUUUUGGACGUGAUAAUGUUAUAUACGUUGGUCUCUGUACGCGUCGUGUCAGCUACAUCGGGUACAUCGACCGACAGAUUUAG